GAGUUCGCCAUACUGUCUUCCGUCUCGCUGAAGUGGACUGGUUACAAAACCCUAAAACGCACGCAGCAAAACCUCUUUCCAAUUCUUUUCUUCGCCGGAAUUCCUAUUUGAAUCUCUCUUUCUGUUCACUUGCUAGUUUGAAGCUCAUUGGUAACAUAGAGAAAGCAUAACACGAGUGCCGUCGACGUCGUCAUGCCCGCGUUGCCAGGUAGGGUGGUUUCCAAGCGCAUUUUCUCUAAAUUUCUUUCGAACCCCCUUGCCUGCGUAUCUGAAUCCAUUGCCGGCAAUCGUCCUAUUCCGUUCUCGUCUUCACCGUUUCUCCGUUUUAGCUCCAUCGAUGGUAACGCUCAAAAAAACGACCGUGGCAAUGAUCGCCUUAAUGGUGACGAUGGCGAUAGUUACUACUCCAAAAUUCACCAGAAUCCGCCUGAGCCCAUUCCCAACCGGCCAUUGAGGGGUGAGAGACGAGUCUAUAAUCAACCCGACCGUAUCUCGCAGAGAAAUUUAGGGCUUCGAAGGAAUGAUGAUGAUUACGGCGACAGAGACGUGAAAACCACUGCCUCCGCCACCAAUGGUAACUCGUACUCGCGGAAUAAGCCCCUGUAUAGCGGAGGAGGAAACAGAGGCCGCCCGCGAUCCGCCGGGGAACUUUUCCCCGAGAAAUUGAACAAUAUUGGGGAUACAGGCAGUGGAAAAGCAUCGCCGGCCAGAACAUCCGACAAUAAACUAUCAGACGACAAUUUUCUCGAAAGAUUCAAGCUUGGAGGUGAUCAUAAAAGGGAAGAAACUAAAAUUUCUGAUGAUUUCCUGGAAAAGCUCAAGCUUGGAGGUGAUAAAAGUGAAAAAACACCCCAAAAUGCCAGUACUAGUACUCCCCAAUCCACUGGCAAUGCAGAGAAGCAAGAGCAGCAGCCCCAGCCAGAGGAUGCAGAUGAAAUAUUCAGGAAAAUGAAAGAGACCGGCCUCGUCCCAAAUGCCGUAGCCAUGCUCGAUGGCCUCUGCAAGGAUGGGCUGGUUCAAGAAGCCAUGAAGCUGUUCGGGUCAAUGCGGGAGAAGGGUACAUUCCCAGAAGUUGUUAUAUACACGGCGGUGGUCGAAGGGUUCUGCAAGGCACAGAAGCUCGAAGAUGCAAAACGGAUUUUCAGGAAGAUGCAGAGCAAUGGGAUUUCCCCCAAUGCCUUCAGCUACACAGUGCUGAUUCAGGGGAUGUGUAAUGGUGAGAGAUUGGAGGAUGGCGCUGAGUUUUGUGUGGAGAUGUUGGAGGCAGGGCAUUCACCAAAUGUGGCAACCUUUGUGGGGGUGGUCAGUGGGUUUUGUAAGGAGAAGAGUGUGGAGGAAGCAGUGAGAUUCAUUGAAAGGUUGAUGCAGAAGGGGUACUUUGUUAAUGAGAAAGCUAUUAGGGAGUAUUUGGACAAGAAAGGACCAUUUUUGCCAUUGGUCUGGGAGGCAAUUUUUGGGAAGAAGAAGAGCUCAAGGCUAGGUUUUUGAGUAAUCUUGCUCAGAGCAAUUGCUGUUGUAGUAAAAUGGUAAUAUUUGGUAGCUUCGUACCUGCGAAAAUUUGGAGGGAAGCAAAAGCAACCAAGAGACUUGUCAUUAGGCUAUAAAAUGCACAAAGGUAUCUUCUGCAGAUUUGUAAUCUCUUACUAAGAAAUGGUAUCAUAUUUCUUAAA